GACGGCACUGACUGGCAUCACUGCUGGGCACUGACUGGCGGCACUGACUGGCACAACCCCUGGGCACUGACUGGUGGCACUGACUGGCAGCACUGCUGGGCUGCACUGGUGGGUGGCACUGGUGGGCAGCACUGGUGGGUGGGCACAGGUGGGUGGGCACAGGUGGGUGGCACUGGUGGGCACAGGUUUGUGGGCACAGGUGGGUGGCACUUCUGGGCACAGGUAGAGUGGCACAGGUGGGUGCACUGCUGGGCACAGGUGGGUGCACUGCUGGGCACAGGUGGGUGAUCUGCUGGGCACAGGUGGGCG